CGUAAACGUCAAUCAAAUUGCGACAGAUCAGACGUUGGUGAUGUGUUUCAAUCAGUGGAAUUAGAAAUAAAUCGUGUUAAUUGAACAAUUUACUAUGUCAUUGCCCUCCUAUUAGACUGAUAGCAAGCUAACAUAAUGAAUUUCAACGCUUCCAGAAACGUGGGUCAGACUGGCGGGAUCCGGAAGGCGAAACGCGUAAGCGAUGUGGCGGCGAUGGGCGCACCGUCACCGACGCCCGCCUUCAGCCCGACGCCGGCGUAUAACCCUGGGUUCCAGCCAGCUGGACCUCCACCUCCAUACCAUGAAGGAAUACAAUUGGAUAACUCACAGGAUUUUGGUGGUCCACCUCCGCAGGCUGCUAAUUAUGGCUACAUGGGUGGGUUCCCGCAGUCACCCAUACCUCCCGCACAACUUGGGUCCAUGUUGCAUCAGCCUAUUGUACAGGACAUGGCACUACAGUACGGCAACCAGCUGGCGGCGCAGGGUCGCGAGGUGGUGCAGCGCGAGAUCAGCAAGUACGUGCCGGUGUCGCGCAUGCGCUACUACUUCGCCGUCGACACGCGCUACGUGCUGCGCAAGUUGCUGCUCAUCAUGUUCCCUUACACGCAUAAGGAGUGGAUGGUGAAAUACGACCAGGACUUGCCUGUGCAGCCUCGCUACGACAUCAACGCGCCGGAUCUCUACAUACCCUCCAUGGGUUAUGUCACAUAUGUGCUGCUUGCUGGCUUCAUGUUGGGUCUGCAACACCGAUUCUCCCCUGAACAGAUAGGCAUGCAGGCAUCAUCAGCGCUGGCCUACAUAAUCUUCGAGAUGAUCAUGUACUUAGUAACUCUGUACGUGACAAACACCAGCACACACCUCAAGACCCUGGACCUGCUCUCGUUCUCGGGCUACAAGUACAUCAUCAUGAUCGCCAGCCUGAUGGCCGGGCUCAUGCUGGGCAAGACUGGCUAUUACUGCAGUCUGGUUUAUACUAGCUUUGCGCUUUCGUAUUUCUUGGUAAAAACCCUCCGACUGCAGCUGCUAGCAGGUCCGCCGGCGCCUGAGCAGUCGUCGUACGCGUACGGCGCGAGCCCGUACGGCGCGGGCAGCCCGUACGGCGGCGGCUGGCAGGCGGGCGGCGCGGCGGCGGGCGGCACCAAGCGGCGCGUGUACUUCCUGCUGUUCGUGGCCGUCACGCAGCCGCUGCUGUCGUGGUGGCUCACCUACCACCUCGUGCCGUCCGCCGCGCAGCCCGCCCCCCUCCCCGCGGCCGCGCGAUAGCGCCGCCCCCCGCGCCCCGCACCUCUCGCGCCUCUCACUGUUCUCUGUAAAUAUAACUAUUUUGUAAUUCGAACGAUAUUUGCAUUUUUUUUAUUCGACUGUAAGUUAUCGGCAUGGACAGUGACUUGUGGUGGUUAACGUUUGCACAAAUAAAUUAUUUUUAUUUUUUAAAUCGACCAGUUCUUCUCAUCGUGAAAUCAUGUCUCAUACGUUUAAUUUAGCAUUUAAUUAAAUGGUGAUGAAUUAAUGUAAUCUAGUGAACAGUGGGAGCUCGCCGCGUAUGUGCUGAUACAUUGUGUUGCCAUGGUUACGCAUUUACUCGGCCCGGGAACGAACCAGUAACACCAUGUAUCAGUAUCUAGUCUGAAACAAAUUGUGAGAGUUAUGUAAAUACAAAUAUUAUAUUGAUUUAAAAACUGCUUUUGUAUCAAAUAAGAUUUGUAAUGUUUUCUACCUCUGCACUUAUUGGAAAUGAAAUCAUUAUCCAAUACACGGAUAACAAUAUAUUAUGAAGUUAUAAAUGUGUAUACAUGCUUGAUAAAACUGUAAAGAAAAACUAAUUACCUCUUGAAGUGCAAUUAUUUUAAAAGUUGAAAAGUUGAUCAUGACUUGGGGACUGAUAUGACUUUUUAGGAAUCUCUAGCAACUUGCAUGCAAAGGCAAGGGGUAGAAAAUGUUACAACAUCAACCUACAACUUCCGACUUGACUGUGUACCAAAUCCUGAUUAAAUUAUGGAAUGACCAGUAUAGCUUACAUGAUAGAACUUAAAAAUGUUAUGGUGUAUUAUAAUUUUUGAAUUCAAACAAAAAAUUACAAAAUUCCGAAAGGAAUCGGUUCAUUUUUCAGAAAAUUACCUGCAUAUAAAUAAAAUUUCACUUUUUAUAAUGAUGAUUAGUAAGAUUAAAAUUGAUUACCGACGUCUGAGGCUAUAAUACUGGUCAUACCAUAACUUAUAGAGUGCACGAUUGACCCACGGGAUGUUUACUAUAAAAUACGGUAGCUUCCUGCUCCUUCCUGAUAAAGAUAUUUUUGUAUUAUAGUGCCAAUGUAACUUAAAUAUAAGAAUAGAAUUGUGCAAUAUGGUCAGUUGAAGAACUGUGUUCUCUAUAUUUCUUCUAAUGCUGAUUGAAGUAUGUACUCUUCUUUUGUAUUAUUUUAUGCGAGUAGUAGUUUUCGUAAAAAAUCUAACUUCAAAGCUCAGUUCAGCCGUUCUCAAGUCUUGAAUGUUUUUUAAUAAUUUAGAUUCCUGUAAAUAAUUGCAUCUGCAUAGCAUAUUAACGUAGCGAGAAUUAAAGAAAAUACCAUACAACUGUUUUAUACUUGAAAUAUCUUAGAGCUUUUGUUUCUUAGGUGAGCAGGAGGCUUCGUUCUCUUAAAAAAUAUAUACUACAUCUAUGAUUGGUACUUGGCUAUUCCUUUAAGAUAUUAUUAAAAGGCGUUAUCAUUAUGAAACUUAAUUAAUUAAUUUAUAAUAAUUUCCUUAGAAAAUGGCUCCAAGGUGACGUUACUCGUUGUCGGUACAGCUGAGCUGUAUGCGCGCAAUGGACGUGUAUUUUGUACUAAUUCAAUGCAAUAUUAAAGGCUAGUUUUAUAUUGAA